AGGAAUGCAUCAGUCCCCCAUCCACCCCACCAAACAGGCUCAGAAACCUGCCAGUCCUGUCCAACCACUCAACACCUCGCCUGACAAGAUCUCUCCCAAUAAGAGCCCACCUCAACUCCCGCCUGCUUCAAAGGGGUUCAACCCCAAUGCCCCGACCUUUGUACCCAUGGGUCUUCCAGGAGUGCAGAGACCAGCCAAUCCUCCGCCCACAAGUUCUAUACUUGGAGCACCUCCAAUUUCAAAACUGACGAACUUCCCACCGCCCCCUGUCGGGUCUUCGAUAUUGGGUUCCGCCCCUCCAAUUGGCGGGGGACCGAGAAUGGUGGGGCCCAAUAUUCACCCCUCGCAGCCGCCGCAGCCUCCCCCCAGCGGAGGCCAGACAUCAAUAUUGGGGCAGCCCCCCACUCCGCCAAUCAAUCCCCACAUUUUCAACCCCCCACCAGCUCUUCCUCCCGGUCAACAAAGUUUCCCCCCGAAGCCCCCAUCACAACCAAUGUUUGGACAAUUCGAGGGAACCCAAACUGCACAUGGAGUUCUACAACCACCAAUGCCCCCCCUUUGGCAUUAUUUUCCCCGGAAACCCCCAACACCAACAUAAUUUUGUCAGGCAACCCAGUCAAAAUUUCACGAGCACAAAGGAAUUUUUACCAGGUCCGCUGGAGGGAGGUCAGUUUCUACCGAGCCCUAUCUCCCAACAAACUAUGUUAAAUCAAGGGGGCCCCCCACCAGGGGGUUCGAGUGAAAUUUCAAGAUUCGGAGUCCCCCUCAUGAGAGUUGGGAAAUCGGAUCCUGACUCCGCGGACCCCGUUCUGGGGGUAACAACAGGGGGAACCAAUAUUCCCCUGCCCCCCAUGAUGAUCACCACCACCGAAUCCGGGGGUUCGUUUGAAGCCAUGCCCUCCCACCCGCAACUCGUGCGGCCGGGAAACGUGUUUGGAAUGGGGCUGCAACCCUCACAGCCUGGUCUGAGACCGGUACCGGAACCAGCCCCGCCCACCUCGUCAGGGUCAAUUCUUGGCAAUUUCUCGGGGGGCAACCUCGAUCUGUUCCCAACUUUCCUCCCCAUGAGUGACAGGUCGUCGGGCCCUCCCUCUACUGUUCCCAUGACAACGACCUCCUACCCCGCAGCUAUCAUGAUGGUCCGACCGUCCGUCUUCCCGAGUGCCCCGCCUACUACAACAGGCUCCGCCCCACAGGAACAGCUGGGCGGAGCCAACGAGAGUCUCCUCCCCAUUGGGACGGAGAGGGCUCACAAGGGGGCGGGGCUAGGGGGUGUGGCAAGUGGGAGUGGCUCAACAUCCGUCUCCACUGACUCUGGAUCCAGUUUUCCUAUGCUAGCUCCAGGUAUCAAUCCGUCCAGUGUGUGGAGCUACUCUGGCAGCACUGGAUCUCAUGAAGAAUCCGAUUGGUCGCAACAGGUGGGCGGAGCUUCAGUGACCUCUGACCCCCACAGAUGGCCAGACUCUGUGAAAACCUCACAACAGUCUCACAAUUCCAAUGACAUCACCAUUACAUCACAAGACACUCUGCAGAGCCUGCUCGCAAGGGUUGGGCUUACUGAACACAUGGAGCUUUUUCAGAGUGCUCUGCCUUGCUCUGUACGAGUGAUUCAGCCCAGCCAGCUGAGCUGCCUCAGUUGGUAGAGCCCUCUCUAGAACACAGAGUGCUCUGCCUUGCUCUUCCAAUGAAAUAGAUCUGGAAGCUCUGUUGUUGAUGAGUGACAAAGACUUCUCAGAAAUUGGUCUUCCACAGGCUGCACAGACAACUCUGAUGAACUCUCUGGGAAGAAGAACACCGUCUGCCGUGAGAGAAGAGGGCGUGGCCUCGUCCGCGGCCGAUCAGGGAGACGGGAGGGGAUUCCCCUCAGGCAGUCGACAGCAGGAAGACUCUUUAUAGCGACUGCCCUCCAUCUCCUAAGAUGAGGUGUUUGACAAGGCUGUCUGAGUGUGGCUAACAAUCUUCUUCCUCUCCUCUCUCUCCUUCCUUCUCUCCUCUCUCUGUCUCCUCAACACACCAUUUGCUGUACUAUGAUUCAAGCUCUAGCCACUAGUUAAGUCAGCACGCCUCAGCUGGUAAUAGAGUAACACUCACGCACACACACUGUUGAAAUUACAGACACAAAUUAUAUGUGUGUCCCUCUCUGUAAUGAUAUUUGCUAUUGAGACGCUAGUUCAUUCAUCAAUGGAAAUACGUGAUUUAGGGGCCCUGAGAUGUAGCUGUCUGACACGUAUCUAAGUAAAUGCAUUGAUUACUGGUAUGUGUUGAGUGAUCAUAAUAUGCCAGAUUAGUGCAAAACACAAGAUAGUAAAUGCAGAUAAUACACACGAAGGCUGU